AUGGAGCCGGGACCCAGCGGGCACUUGCCUGGCGUCAGGCCCGGACUCUUCACGGUCUUUGACCAGCUGAGAGAUAUGACAAAUCUGCUGUUUAAUAGGAACCAAGAGCUGAGACGGGAAUUGGAGCGGCAGGACCAACAGCCGUUCCAGCACGGCUACCGCGGCGCAGCUGCCAACAUCCACACCUCAUCCUGUUGCCCGCCCUUCGGACUGGGGGCUGACACUGACAGAGCAGAGCUGGACCUCCGGAACCCCCUCUUGGGAGCCAAGCUUCAGCCGGCGAGGCAAGGCUGGCACGGCAGCCUCUGGAAGCCCCUGGCAGGUGUCGGGGGAGGAACGGAGGGAAAACACUGGUUUGGGGAUGAGUGCCUGACGCUGCUGGUUCCCGCAGAGAGCUGGCAGCCGAGAUGGCAGCAGCUGCUGGGCGAGAUCGCCUUCCAGCUUGACCGCCGAAUCGUCCACAGAGUCUUCCCCAACGCCGAUCGCUACCGCGGCUUCAGUGCCGCCACCAUCCCCGAGGGAAUCGUGGAGAUGGUCGAGGAGACGGAGCGGGGAGCUAGCCGUGAUCUGAGCGUGGCCGCAAUCUGGAACUAUGAGUUUGUGAUGAGGCGACUGUGGGCACUGGGCUACGUCCCCGAGGUGCACUUGCCCGCAAUCGAGGCCUUCAUCAACACCUACGGCCGCCUGGAGCGGUCGUACUGGUUCCCGGCCGAGCCAAACGUGGCCUUCCUGCGCCACGUGGUCAGCCAGGAGGUGCCGCCGGAUCUGCGGCCCAACGCCAUGGUGCUGCUCGAGUGCCUGCUGCAGCUGGCACAGGAAGAUGGGCAGCCCCUCUUCUGCUACUGA